AUGGCGCCCGCCCCAGGGCCCGCCACGCUGCUGCUGGCGCUGGCCGCCCUCGCCGCCGCCGACCCGGAUAAGACCACGACCACGGCCGAGCCCUGCACCGCAACGUCGACUGUGGGCUUCCACGACCUGCGCAAGGACACGGCCGUCGCGCCCCCAGAGCACGGCGCCAAGCCAAAGUCGGGCGUGCCGACGGCCGACUACUUCGCCCGCGGCUGGGACCACCCGGCAAACUUCACCCUCAACAUCUGCGCCCCCGUCGUCAAGCCGGUCAAGGACGUGGUUGGGCUCGAGGGCUCGGCCGCCUGGAAGAAUGUGAGCGCGCACUACGAGCUGGAGGGCAAGGUGUACUCGCUAGGGCAAGCAUCGUCGGUCCUCACGGCGCGCGGGCGCAAGGUCUCGCUGCAGUACACGGGCGGCUCGCCGUGCGGCGGCGACGCCAAGGCCAGGGACAAGCGGGCGCCGUCGUCGGUGCACUCGGGGGCGGCGCACCAGGGGUUCGACGACGAGGCGGCGGCCGAGGCGGCGCGCCGGGACCGGGUGCGGCAGAGCGAGGCGUCGCGCGAGCGUCGCAAGUCGGCCACGCUGUCCUUCGUGUGCGACCACGACAUGGUGGGCGAGAAGGCGGCCGUGUCGUACAUCGGCAGCUCCCCGGACGGCUGCGCCUACUUCUUCGACGUGCGCUCGUCCCGCGCCUGCGCCGGCGUCGAGCCCCACCCGCCCGGGAGCGUCGGCCCCGGCGGCCUGUUCGCCAUCAUCCUCAUCAUCGCCGUCAUGGUCUACGUCCUCGGUGGCGUCUUCUACCAGCGCACCGUCGCCCACGCCCGCGGCUGGCGCCAGCUUCCAAACUACAGCCUGUGGGCCGGCAUCUGGGAGUUUCUCUCGGACAUGUUUGUCGUCGUCACAUCGUCGUGUUCCCGCUGCCUGCCCGGGCGGCGAGGGUACCGCAUCAUCUCCUCGUCGCCAAACGGCAGGAGUAGGAACAGGGAGGACGAGAACCGCCUCAUCGACCAGCUAGACGAGGAAUGGGAUGACUGA